UCGAGCCUCGGUCUCCUCCGUCUGUACAAUGGGAGAGAGCAAGGGGAUUCGUGCUCCGGGCCCGCCCGACCCACAGAGCUGGAUCUCCGGAUUGGAGGAGUCGCGAGCUGGCGCCAGGGCGGCCGGAGGAUGCAGAGGGGCCGGAGCCCGGCGGGCCUGAGGCCGAGACGCGCGCUGUCCCCUGCUCCUACCCCGUGAGCCCCGCCAGCCGCCUGACGUGCCGUCCCUGAGCCCGCCACCCCCGGGGCUCCCGUCGGUGCUGCCCCCAUUCUGAGGCCGCUCCCCGCCUCUCCGCAGCGCUGCGUGUGGACACCUCCGCCUCCUCCGCCCAGAUCUCGACCCUCCGCGGGCAAUGGAGGUGGCGCCGGAGCAGCCGCGCUGGAUGGCGCACCCCGCCGUGCUGAAUGCGCAGCACCCCGACUCGCACCAUCCGGGCCUGGCUCAUAACUACAUGGAGCCCGCGCAGCUACUGCCUCCCGACGAGGUGGAUGUUUUCUUCAACCACCUGGACUCGCAGGGCAACCCCUACUACGCCAACCCGGCCCACGCGCGGGCGCGGGUCUCCUACGGCCCCGCGCACGCCCGCCUGACCGGAGGCCAGAUGUGCCGCCCACACUUGUUGCACAGCCCGGGAUUGCCCUGGCUGGACGGGGGUAAAGCAGCCCUCUCGGCGGCUGCAGCACACCACCACAACCCCUGGACCGUGAGCCCCUUCUCCAAGACACCGCUGCACCCCUCAGCUGCUGGAGGCCCUGGAGGCCCCCUCUCCGUGUACCCAGGAGCCGGCAGUGGGAGCGGGGGAGGCAGCGGGAGCUCUGUGGCCUCCCUCACUCCCACUGCAGCCCACUCUGGCUCCCAUCUCUUUGGCUUCCCACCCACGCCACCCAAGGAAGUGUCUCCUGACCCCAGCACCACGGGGGCUGCCUCCCCAGCCUCCUCUUCUGCAGGGGGGAGUGCGGCCCGGGGAGAGGACAAGGACGGCGUCAAGUACCAAGUGUCACUGACCGAGAGCAUGAAGAUGGAAAGUGGCAGUCCCCUGCGCCCAGGCCUGGCUGCCAUGAGCACCCAGCCUGCCACACACCACCCCAUCCCCACCUACCCCUCCUAUGUGCCGGCCGCUGCGCACGACUACAGCAGCGGACUCUUCCACCCCGGAGGCUUCCUGGGUGGCCCAGCCUCCAGCUUCACCCCUAAGCAGCGCAGCAAGGCACGCUCCUGCUCAGAAGGCCGAGAGUGUGUCAACUGUGGGGCCACAGCCACUCCUCUCUGGCGGCGAGACGGCACUGGCCACUACCUGUGCAACGCCUGCGGGCUCUACCACAAGAUGAACGGGCAGAACCGGCCGCUGAUCAAGCCCAAGCGGAGACUGUCGGCUGCCAGGAGAGCGGGCACCUGUUGUGCAAAUUGUCAGACGACAACCACCACCUUAUGGCGCCGAAACGCCAACGGGGACCCAGUCUGCAACGCCUGUGGCCUCUACUACAAGCUGCACAAUGUGAACAGGCCACUCACCAUGAAGAAGGAGGGGAUCCAGACUCGGAACCGGAAGAUGUCCAACAAGUCCAAGAAGAACAAGAAGGGGGCUGAGUGCUUCGAGGAGCUCUCCAAGUGUAUGCAGGAGAAGUCCUCCCCCUUCAGCGCAGCUGCCCUGGCCGGACAUAUGGCGCCCGUGGGCCACCUCCCGCCCUUCAGCCAUUCGGGACACAUCUUGCCCACCCCAACACCCAUCCACCCCUCCUCCAGCCUCUCCUUUGGCCACCCCCACCCAUCCAGCAUGGUGACCGCCAUGGGCUAGGGACAGCCCCACACGAAUGGACAGACAGAUGCCAAGGAGGGUGGCCGGCAGUGCGAGACUGGGAGCUCCCAGGACAGGUGGACCAAACCCUUAGCCACCUGCCCUUUCCUGAAGACUGAUGCCACUCCUGCCCGCCCAGCCAGAGCCCCACGCUGCCUUGCCUGUGGACACUCCACUCCGCCGUCAGCAGUCACUGUGAAGACUCUUGCCCGGGCCAGGAGGUGGCCCCGGCCCGGCUGCUGCCCAGGUGGGGUUUCUGUCACGAACAAUUGUUUGGAGAGCAGAAAGGACAACCUUGUGAAGAGAAAAGGAGGGGGCAGGGGACAAAAACGAAGGAACUUGUUUUUAGAAGGAAAAGGGAGUAGGCAAAAAUAAUUUAUUUUGCUCUUGUUUCUAACAAGGACUGGGAGAAUUGGAGGUCUGAGCUGCCCGAGUUCUCCGGGUCUUCCUCGGCGCCAGGUGCCACUUGGCCCACCUGCCAGCCGGGUCUGGAGGGCUCUCAGCCUGCACCUUCUCCUCCGGCUUCACUCUCUGCAAGGCUGAACCCCAGGCUGGCCUGAGCCAAUCCAGAGGGUGCGGGCCCUGGCGGCCGGGUCUGGAGGGCAGACACAAUCACAGGCGGUCCUGCGCGGAUUCCCAGGCCAGGGCUGGGUCACAGGAAGGAAACAACAUUUACUUGAGAGGGGAAAUGUCUCCCAGCUCGCUCCCCUGGCUCUGAGGCCAAAGCUGGUGUGACCUGCGGCCCAUUAACGGCCCGAGCCACAGCUUGCCUCCUCUGCCAGGUGGACCCCUGUACAUACAUCCUUUUUCUGCUAAGCCCUCAACCCCCUCCCCUCCCACUCUGAGAUGAAAGGAAAAGAAUUAAAAAAAAAAAAACAAAAAACCUGCCUAAGCUUAACUCGCUGAUGAGUUAGUUGUUUUAUUUUUUAAACUCUUUGGGUCCAGUCAAUUGUACGUUGCCACGAAGCCCUUACUAUGGAAAGGAAUAAAACCUACAAACCAAGGCUGUAGCUUUGCAUUUAUUUUUGGAAAGUUCUUGGAUCCCACAGCCCUUGAAUAGGGAGCUGGGGACCAGGGGAGAGGCCUUUGCUGCUCUUGGCUUUCGGGGCUGGUCUGGCAGGUGGCGAAGGCAGGAGUUGGGGGUCGGUCAGCAACAGGACUGAGGGAGAGGCCACGACCCUGCUGGGGUCCCGGGAGAUGCCUGGGUUCUGCUCUGCUUUCCUGUGGCUGUCUGGAUCCUUCCCAAGGUACAGCUGUACAUAUCUGUGUCGGAGCUUAGAUUCUGUAUGCGGUGGGGGGUGCGAGGGCUGGCCCAGGAAGAGGAUUGUGCUGAUGUAGUCGGCCAAGUGCAAUAUGGGCAGGCCAUCACUGCGGGGGCACCACAGGCGGAAGUAACUUAUUUUGUACUAGUAUCCGCAUAAGAAAAAGAAUCGGCAGUAUUUUCUGUUUUUAUGUUUUAUUUGGCUUGUUUUAUUUUGGAUUAGUGAACUAAGUUAUUGUUAAUUAUGUACAACAUUUAUAUAUUGUCUGUAAAAAUUGUAUGCUAUCCUCCUAUUCCUUUAAAGUGAAUACUGUUAAGAAUAAUAAAAUACUUUUUGUGAAUGCC